CAAACUUCCACGCUAAGCAUGGGCGACGCUGCCACGUGGAAUAAUUGGUUGAGUCGAGUGAGUCCGCUCACCUUCGUCACCGCUGAAUGGAUGCCAUGAAGACAAGAAUUUUCUUCGGUCGAGGACAGCUUGUUGAACCCCUUGACAAGACGACAUCGACGAGAACGUAAGAUCGAGGAUUCAGGGCAGCAGACAGCCAUUCCAGUAGCUAGCUAUCAGUAUAGUAUUCCAACCAUGAAGCUUCAUGUGGCUCUAUUGAGUCUUUUGGCUCUGUCGGCCGACGCUUUCUCUCCCAGGCCCUUGGUUCCCAAGACAGUGACAAACAAGGAUGUGUCAUCCAAAUCUGAUGUUUGGAGGCCUCCAAUGAACAUGGUAGCGGGAGGCGCAGAAAAGGCAUACGGUCAAGAAUAUUAUGAAGGGGCACGCAUCGGACCACCUCCCGAUCUUCCAUCACUUCUCUUGCACAACCGAAUUGUGUACAUUGGUAUGCCUUUGGUCCCCGCUGUGACAGAGCUUGUGAUUGCUGAACUUUUGUACCUGAAUUAUGAAAGUACCUCUGAUCCCAUCACCAUGUACAUAAAUUCCAGUGGAACCACCACGGCAGGAGGUCAGGCUGUGGGUUUUGAAACUGAGGCGUUUGCCAUUGCGGAUGUCAUGAAAUAUGUUCGACCUCCCGUCCACACGGUGGCAUUGGGUCAAGCAUUUGGUGCCGCCGCCAUGCUUUUGUCACAGGGAAAGAGAGGAAAGCGUUUUGCGCUUCCAAAUGCCACAAUCCUUCUCAAUCAGCCUCGUUCUCAAGCACAAGGACAGGCCUCCGAUAUUGCCAUCAAGGCACGCGAGGUGGCAAACAACCGUAGAACUACCUGUGAAUUGAUUGCUUCUGCUUGUGGAAAGCCCGUCAGCACCGUUAUGGAAGAUUGCUCAAGAGUCAAGUACCUGCAACCAGAGGAGGCCGUGGAAUAUGGAUUGAUUGAUGAAGUUAUUGACAACAAAAAGUGGGCCAUGUCAAGCAAACCACCUUCAUUCAUGUCUCAGCUUUAAUAUAGUAAAAGGUACCCGAGGUUAAAUCGAAUCAAUCAAGAAAGAGUUGCUAAAACACAAUCAUCAAUG